AUGGUGGAGGUGUAUGAGGCGUGUGGGGUGCGGUUCACCCGGGCUGUGCAGCAGCACUACGUGUGCAGUCCCAGGGAACUCACCAGGUGGACUAGAGGGAUCCGAUUCGCCCUGGUGCAUGGGCAGAAAGCGGUUAAGAGGGGUGGAAAGGGAGGCGGGGUCGAUAGGGGGGAGAAUGGGGCGGUUGAGAGGGGUGACAAGGGUAGGGUGAGUGGGAAGAGUGGUAAGGGGCGUGUGAGUGCUGGUGUUGCGAGAUUGGGUGGUGGUGUGGGAUUGAGUGGAGCGACAAGUGCAAAUACAGGCGCUGGUGGUGCUUCUGCUGGUGGUGAUGGGGAGGGCAGCUGGGCGGCAAGGCUUGUCCUGACGUGGCUGCAUGAGGGGAUGCGGAUCUGGUAUGAUAGGCUGGUGGGGGAGGAGGAGCGGGAAUGGACGGCAAAGCUGCUUUUGCGGGUGGCAAGGGAAAAGAUACUCCCGGUGCUCGUGCCUCUUAUAGGGAACACUCUUGUAACGAGUACAGGGAAUCCUGUUGCUUUUGCUGAUGGUGUUGCGGAUGGUGUUCCUGCUGUGCCUUUCUCGCUACCUGCCGACCCAAGCCGGUUGGUGUUUUCAUCUCUUCUGACGGGGCGGUACGAGCCGUGCGCGGUGGGCCACCUGAAAAAGCACCUGAAGUGGGCCCUGACAGGGGAGACCCCGGACGCUGCAGGAGGGGCAGGUGCUGGCCAGGUGAAACCAGGUGUUUCUUCAGGUGGUGGGGCAACAGAAAAGGGUGGGGACAGGAGAGGAGGAGCAGGCAAGCGGGCAUCAGGCAGCAAAACAGGGGAGGUGGAGCAGGAAAUAGGGAGGAAGGUUUUGGAAGAAUCGGAAGAACUAGGGGUGGAAAAGGGGGAGGUAGAUGAGGGGGAGGUGCAAGCAGGGGAGGUGGUAUUGACGGAUGAGUUUGUGUGUGCGGUGGUGAGAGCAGCGUCGGUGCUGCAGCAGCCGAUGGGGCAUCUGCUGCUGCUGGGUCCACCUGCGACUGGGAAAUCGACCGUUGCCAGGUCGGCGAUCGCUGUGAAGGGAUUGGUGGAGGUGCGGGUGGCGCUGCACAAGGGAUUCGAGGAGCGCCAGCUGGACGGCCCGCUGGAGGAGGCGCUGCGGGCGGCGGGGUGCGACGGGCGGCGCGUUUGUCUUCUUCUGGAGGAGGCGCAUCUGGUGGAGAGCGCGGUUUUGGAAAGGCUCAACUCGCUGCUGACAGGGGGAGACGUUCUCGGGCUGUUUGGGGUGGAAAAGCAGCAGGAGCUACUGGAAGCCCUCCAGUUGGCUGGCAAGGCGGAGGGAAGCGUGGAAGCAGCCUGGGCAGGGUUCAGAAGGAGGGUCCAAGCCAACCUGCACGUGGUGCUGGUGAUGACCAGCCAGGGCAGCGCUCACAUGCGCCAGAGCAUGCUGGCGAGUGGUGGUGCUGCUGCUGGUGCUGCUGGUGGUGCUGCUGCUGGUGCUGCUGGUGGUGGGGCUGAUGGGGCUGGGGAAGCGAAGGAGAGGCAGCUGCUUGCGGAGGUUCUGGUGGCGAUUCAUGGCUGCGGUGUUAGUGCUGUUAGCGAGUCACUCAAUAACAGAGCUUCCGGGAAGGCUGGGCUGGGAGGGGAGCAGCAGCAACAGGGGAGCUUGCAGCAUUCGUUCUCCCCAGACUCUCUCAUCUCCCUCCGCUCCUUCUCCGACCUCCUCACCCACUUCCACUCCUCCGUCUCCCUCUCCCACCGCCGCACACACCGCACCUUCCAGCACCUCUCCCUGGGCCUUACCAAAGUCACAGCCGCAGAGCACCGCGUGGUACUCCUCCGAAAACAUCUAGAACUCAAAUCGAAAGAACUCGAGGUAAAAGAAGCGGCGGCGAACGGGAAGCUGCAGCAGAUUGCGGCUGAGCAAGCGCUGGGGGAGAGACAGAGGGCAGAGGCGCAGGGGCUGAUUGCGAGGUUGGACGAGCAGGCGAGGAGCGUGGAGAGGCACAGGCGGGAGGCGCAGGAGAAUCUGGAGCGGGUGGAGCCGGCGGUCGAGGCGGCGAAAACGGCGGUGAAGUCGAUUAGGAAAUCGCAGCUGGAUGAUCUCAAGGCCAUGCCGAAUCCACCGAGCGCGAUUAAACUGAGGGCAGAGGCGCAGGGGCUGAUUGCGAGGUUGGACGAGCAGGCGAGGAGCGUGGAGAGGCACAGGCGGGAGGCGCAGGAGAAUCUGGAGCGGGUGGAGCCGGCGGUUGAGGCGGCGAAAACGGCGGUGAAGUCGAUUAGGAAAUCGCAGCUGGAUGAUCUCAAGGCCAUGCCGAAUCCUCCCAGUGCCAUCAAGCUGACGCUGGAAGGAGUGUGCCUCCUCCUGACAGGCUUAAAGCCCACGACGUGGCAGGGCAUUCUCUCGGUGGUGCGCCGGAACGACUUCAUCCCCUCUAUACUGGGAUGCGAUAUGGAGGCCAUAGACCCCGUGCUGGUGCUGCGCGUGAAGAGAGAGUACCUGGACGCACGGGUCAUCUCCUUUGAUGCCGUCAACAGAGCCAGCAAGGCGUGUGGUCCUUUGUUCUCGUGGUUAGAGGCAGCGGUGCAGUACGGUGAGAUCAUCCGGGCCGUGCAGCCCAUGCGGGACGAGAUGGAACAGCUGGAGGGGGAGGCGGGCAGCAUGGCGGAGGAGCUACAACACGUGCAGGAGUCCAUCGGUAACCUGGAGCAGCGCAUGGAAGCAUGCAGGGAAGAGCACUCCCUCCUUCUCUCUGCCUGUGAGGCCAUGCGCGCCGACAUCCACCAAUCAAAGCUUGCCAUGCAACGCGCCGCCAGCUUAGUCAAAGACCUGACGUACGAGCGUGACCGUUGGAUGAAGCAGCGCGAAAUGCUCAAGAGCCGCGCGGCGGCGUGCUUAGGCGACGCUUUGCUAAGAGCUGCGAGUCUUGCGUAUCUGGGACCGCUGGAGCUCGCGGAAAGGCAGCGGCUUUUAGCUAAGUGGCAGGAGGUGGUGGGUUCCCGGGGGUUGAAGUUUUCGAAGGGGGGUGUGCUGAGGGGUGAGGUGGGGUUGGACGGGGUUGGGGAGAGGGGAGGGGAGGGGGGUGAGGAGGGGUGGGGAGGGGUGGAGGAGGAUGAGGAGGUGGAGGAGGAGCGGGCGAAAUGGGAGGCGAUGGGGUUACCACAGGACGAGUACGCGUUACAGAACGCGGAAUCGGUGCUCAAGUGCCGGAGGGUGCCUCUGCUUGUGGACCCAUCUGGAAGAAUGGUUGAGUUUCUUAGGAAGGUUCUUUCCUGCUCUGCCUCUGCUGCUACAGCUGGUUCUGCUACAGCUGAGUCUGCUACAGCCGGGAACACCGAGUCUGCUGCAGCCGAUUUCGCUACAGCCAAAAAUGCUCCUGGUUUGAGUGACAGUCAGCGUUCAGGGGAAGUGAAACAGGAGAUGGGAGUGGUGUGUGUGAGCGCACAGGAGGAGGAGAGUGUGCUGGCACGAGCAGCGGAAAAAGCACACCUGCUGAGCCGCGUGAUUGGUCGGGAGCGCGCUGACGUGGCGCAGCAGAGAGACCGGGCGGCGGCUCUGCAGGAGCGAUGCCGAAGGAGAUUGCGCCAGCUGGAGGGGAGAUUGCUUGAGGUGCUGACGUCACCAGAAGAGGAUGGGGUUACCGGGAAGGAAGCAGGAGGUGUGAUUACCGGGAACGUGGCUGUGACACCUGCUCGUGCUGCUGGGAAUGGUGGCAGUGUCAGUAGCACCCCUCCUACUUUCAGCAUGUUUACCCCUCUCCCUCCUGUAAUGGACGAUUCUACAGUCUCAAAAACCCUCGCUCAGAUUAAAAAGGACGCAGCAGCGGUGAAGGCAAAGGCUAGAGAGCUGGUGGCCGCUGUACUGAGUGAGCUUAUAACGAGGACGGCAGAGGCAACAGAGUACCGGCACCACCUGCCUGUGGCCCUCGCCCUAUCCCGUUGCGCCAGGCUGGCAGAUGACGUGGACUGGGUUGGCUUGGCUACAACUGUCGCUGCGAAGUUUGCUACAGGGUCUGUUGGUGCUACUGGCACUGCUACAGCCCCUGCUACAGCUUUGGACGCAGGCAAAGCAGCAAGGGAGAUUUCAGCCGCAGUGAAAGAGGAGCUGCAGCGCACGACUGCUGGGGCAGCUUAUAGCGAGUAUGAGGCCAGGAGGGGUGCAGCAGUGGAGGCAGUGGCUGGGUUCGUGGAGUCAAUGGCAGUCAACGCGGGUCAAACGGACAUUGCUGGGCGGCGACUGGUGGAGGCUGUAAUCAGUCAAGGAGACGAUGCAGUGGCAGCGGCACAGCAGGCAGUGGAGAGAGCGGCGAGGGAGGGGCGGUGGGUGGUGCUGUGCAACGCGCACCUGGCUCUAUCGGUGCCCAGGCACGCUGCGUGGCUGCAGUUACUGCUCAACUCGUUACAGUCACACGGUUUAUCGGUGCCGCUGCAUCGGGAUUUCCGGCUGGUGCUGACGGUGGAAGCCGCGGGGGCGGCUGUACGGCUGAUGCCACCCAAGCUGGUGGAGGCGUGCGACGUGCUGGUGAUGGAGGCACCGGCUGGGGUGAAGGGAAGCAUGCAGCGAUCUCUGGAUUCCAUUCUCUCUCUCUCGGCCAGAGGCAGCAGCCAGUGGAACGAGCGGCUGAGAGUUAGAAACUCAGCGGAGGAAGCAGAGAGGGGCAGCAGCAAACCGAGUGGGGUUACAGUGGAAAAGAGGCGACAGGGGAAGCAGCAGCAGCAGAUGCUGCGAGUGCGAGGGGGUGAGGAGGAGGAGGAGGAAGAGGAAGAAGCGGAGAGGGGUAGCAGCAAACCGAGUGGGGUCACAGGGGAGAAGCGGCGACAGGGGAAGCAGCAGCAGGUGCUGCAAGUGCGAGGGGGUGAGGAGGAGGAGGAGGAGGAGGAGGAGAGGAGGAGGAGGAGGCAGAUGCUGCGGGUGCGGGUGGGCAUGGCGUGGGUGCAUGCGGUGCUGCAGGAGCGAGUGCACUACGUGCCGAGAGGGUGGCUGUGCCCCUACACCUUCAUGGACCAUGACUUCACCUGGGCCCUAUCCCUGCUGCACUCCUGGCAAGAAGACAGCCCUGCCCACCUAACACCUCUCAACUGCCUGCCAGCAGUGCGGACCCUCCUCCUCGACAUAGCCUACGGGCUCAAGAUGGAGUCCCCUGAAGACCAUGGCACCCUCUGCCGCAUCGUCUCCCAUGUGUUUGGAGAUCCCAAGGCGUUUUUCGCACCACGCGUUCUCAUCAUCAUUCUUCAAUUGUCCUCCGUUGCUCCUAGUUGGGCACUGAGUCGAUCACCGGAUGGCCUUCAAUCGGAGACAGCCGUCCCUUCGCAUGUCCCUGAAACGUUCACUUCAUCAGUUAAUGUUGCUGCUAAUCCAUUCAUUCUCAGAUCCAGGCCUGAAACCACCCUUUCCUCAACAUCCGAGUCUGCUUUGAGUCUUCUCGUUACUCUUCCCACAGACACCGAAUCUGCAGCAUCUAUUGCUGAAUCUCCCCCCUCCCUCGUGGCUGGACUUUCCAAACCUAGAGAAACAGGUGCGAGGCCGGCUGGUGGGGCUGCAGAGAAUCCGAAGGUGACUGGUGGGGAAGCAAAGAAUGCAACGACGGCUGGCGAGGAAGCAGAGAACGAAGCAGAAGAGGAGGCGGAGGAGGAGAAGGGGAUGGGGGAGGAAGAGACGAGAGGGGUGGAGGUGGAUGGGGGAAAUCAGACUGCGAAGGGAGGGAAGGAGGGGACAAUAGAAGAGGGCGUGAGUGGCGGGGGGCAGAGGGGAGAGGGCGUCAGUGGGCAGCAGCAGAGGGGGGAGGGCGUGAGUGGGCAGCAGCAGACAGGUGAGGGCGUGGAUCAGAAGGAAAGGGAGGAGGAGAGUGAGUUGAAGGGAGGGGAAAAGAAGGGAGAGGAGGUGAAGGAAGAAGCGGAGGAGGAUGAAGAAGUGAAGGUUGGGCCAGCGGAUUUGGGGAUGGAAAAGGUGGACGAGGCAUUAGCAGCAGCAGAAGAGGCAAUCAUGCCCAAAGUUAAAGGUUCUGAUGCUGCUGGUGCUGCUGCUGCUGCUGGUGCUGGUGGUGUGAAUGUCACAAGUAGUGUAGCGAAUGAUACAAGUAGGGUGGGAGGUACUAAGGAUGGUGAGGAGGAAGCGAAAGUGGUGGGGAAGAGGGGGAGUGAGGGAGGGAGUAAAGAGGAUGCAGGAUUGCCUGGGGAGGAGGAGAAGGAGAGUGGGGAAGCGGCAGAGGAAAAGGCAGAGGAAACGGAAGAGGAAAAAGCAGAGGAAACGGAAGAGGAAAAGGCAGAGGAAACGGAAGAGGAAAAAGCAGAGGAUGCAGCUGCAGCAGAGGAGGUUGAAGAGCUAGCGGCAGAGACAAAGGAAGGUGGGGAAUCGGAUGCUUCCCUGGAAGAUAUGACUGCUGCAAAAGCCACUGUGGGAAAAGGUACAGCAGCGGGUAGCUGGAGGGUCAGCAAGGCAGGUAGCGAAGACUCAGCAGCAGCCACUGCAGCAGCGGGAAAAGAUGUUACUGUGGUCGAUUUGACUGCUGCAAAUGCUACUGCUGGAAAGGACACGUCUGGAACGGGUACUCUUACCGGAGCAGGUCUUACAGGGGAUAGUGUGAUGAGAGAGGGAGAAACGGGAGAGGAAGAAGAGGAGAGGGAGGGGAAAGGGGGUUUGGGUGAUAAUAUUGCUAUUACUGAACGGCAGGGGAAGAAGGGAGGUGGCCAGAAGGGGGUGAGAGUGGGAGAGGGAGGGGAAGCAGAGCAAGAGGAGAGGGAGAAGCAGGGGGAGGAGGGUUUGGAAGCAGCAGCGGAGGGAGGAGAGGAAGGGCUUUUGCAUAGCAGGUCUCCGGGUAAAACUGGGAAGGGGGCUGCAGCUGAGGGUGGGGUUGAGGGUGGAUCAAUGGAUGCAGAAGCAGCAGCAGAGGAAGAAGACUCAGUGGCAGGUGGAAGGGUAUCUGGAAGGCCUGCAGCAGCAGCAGCUACUGGUGCAGAGAAGGAGGCUGAGGGGAAGAGAGGACAAGCAGGUGGUGCUGGUGGUGCUAGGAAGAGAACAGGUGGAGAGGAGGAUUAUCCUGCUGCGGAAGAGGCGAGAGAAGGGGAGAGUGAGGAUGGGAGUGAGGAGUAUGAGGUGAAGAGGGGGAAAGUGUCCGUUGGUAGUGAUGCUAGGAAAGGAACAGAUGCAGCUGAGGGAGAGGAGUAUCCUGGUGAUGUGGCAGGGGGAGGUCUGCCAAGUGGAAAGGGAGAAGGGGCUGGGAAGCUUGGUGGUGGUGGCGGUGGUAGGGGUGGUGGGGCUGGUGGGGCUGGUGGGGCUGGUCACGGGGAGUCUCCGUAUGGGGGAGAGGAGGACGAGUAUGGAACUCCUAAGGAUUUCGGUCCCGAUGCUGGUGCUCCUGGUGCUGCUGGUCGUAGUGAGCAAAGCAAAGGGGCUUGUGAAGGAGUAGCCUCGGGCUUGGAAUCGGGGGAAGAGGAAGAGUAG